CGAAAGCAAACAAAUAAAUCAUCGAUCAAACUUUGACAAUCAUUGAAAAAAUGACCGAUACUAAGGAAUACUCUGCGAAAACCCAGGAGGUUAAAAAAAUCCAGGGAAAACCCAAAACCACUGGCAUUUUGGUGCUAAAAUCCAAGCUCGAUAAAACUCCGUAUGCGAUAAUUGACGAAGAUGGUAUCGAUAGAACCCCCAGAGCUUUGGACCCGUACGUAUACGAGCCGGCAAAGGAAAGACAACUUAGAAGCACCACCGCGGCAGACGAUGCCUCGUCUGCUGCUAUUUUUAAAGUUUCUAAAGUUACAAGUGAUCUUGCAUCCCAAUCGUAUCAAGAGAGUACCAAGAGUAUCAAGAGUACUACCAUACUUACCAAUACCAGAGUUACUGAUGAUGAUUACAGUACAUUUCCGUCAGGAAAAGAUAGCAUAACGAGAUUGAGCGAGGAUAUUCUAGUGGGAAUCCCGGAAGAAAUCGUUUCGGAGCCUGCGCAACGGAAACCCGCGACGCAUAUCAGUUUAACCUUGAACGAGACUAACACCAUCUUCAUUUUGGACAUUCCGAGUAGCACAGAGUUGCGCGAGACGCCAGAGGGCGACCAGGUGGCUGAAGAUAACGAAAACUACGAAUACCUUACAACUGGAAAGGGAAGAAACAGAAGGGUCAUAUCGGUGGGCAUACAAACUAUGCCCAUAUUGAUGAAGAGCAGGGACACGGAUUGCUUGAUGAUUAAAAUGCAGGAUACAGGGGCGUACGCGUCGAAUUGGGAGAUGUACGACACUUUCAACGAAACUGUAGAGAAAGAUGACGAGGACGAGAUUUUCAGCGACGAAGAAUUGAAACCUACGGAUGUUCAGUCGAUGGACAGCUAUAGGAUAGCUUUGGAUGAAAGGCAACUGUUGAAAAUUGUGAAAAGCGAAAAAUUUCAAGAUGCUCUAUGCAUUAUAGAGAGAUUAUUGGCGAAUAAUAAUUUUAACGAGCAACAAAAAAUAUUUAGGGAUAUAUCAGAGAGAAGCCCUUUCACUGAAAAUGAAGUUGAUUAUAAGUAUAGACUGGAACUCUUAUGGAGUUUUUGUAAUGAGGAUACGUUAAACAAACCUGUAACAGCCAUGGAAUGGAACCCUGCAAAUAAAGAUCUGCUAGCAGUGGCCCAUGGAAAAUUGUAUAUUACUGAUUUAGUUGAAGGCAUUGUUAAUAUUUGGAACAUAAAAAACCCUGUACAACCCGAACGGCACUACAAGAUGGGCUUGCCAGUGACGACUUUAAGCUUUUCAAAUUUAAAUCCAAAUCUUCUUGGUGUGGGACUUUACAAUGGACAAAUUAAGCUUCUUAACAUUGCCAGCAGAGCUUUACAAGUAGUUGCUGAAACGCUACCAUUAGAUAAAGGCCUAAUGGAUGUAUUAACACAAAUUCAAUUCGUACCUCUUACCUCUAUAACAAACAUGGAUAAUGAGGAUGAAUUUUUGGCCAUUUAUGAAAGUGGAAGGGUUCUACUUUUUAGAACUACUAGCACCAAGUACUUAAAGUAUCAACAAAUAAUGCGCACGCCUAAAGGCGACGCAAAACUAAAAGGCCUGGAAACUCUGCGCAGGUGCUCUGGAUUCCGCAUACCAGUAUCGAGAUACGCAUGCGCAUUGCAACUUUGCCAGGAUCCAGUGGAUCCAACUCUGUAUUACAUCGGAACCAACGACGGUGUCAUACAUAUUUGCUCGAGGAACUAUCUAAACCAACAUUUGGACAUGUUUUUGGCGCACGAGGGACCAGUGAAUUCGAUACAUUUCCAUCCAUUCAAUCAUAAAGUUAUGAUUACAUGCGGAUUGGAUAUGUACACGAGACUUUGGGCAAUGGGUAUUAACGAGCCUUUGGCGCAAGUUUGCUGGUCACUUAGCACGGUAAUGGACUGUGUUUUUUCACCAACACAUCCAACUAUAAAUGCAGCGAUAAGAGGAAGUAGCAUUUUCUUUUGGGACACUCAAAGGAAAGCCCUAAAACCUCAAAGUGUUACCCCUUUACCCAAUGGCUCUGUAGCUACAACUCUACAAUAUACAGACAAUGGCAAAUGUCUAAUAGUUGGCGAUGCUACAGGCCAUGUCCAUAUUUACUCCCUUAUGGACAUUCCGUUUCCUCCCUUUUUCCCUGAAAAUUUGCUGGUGACAACAUUAAAACAUCAGCUUCUUUACAAACCUCUCGCCUUGGAAAAAUUAAUGGAAGGCAUAAAGAAAACCAAAGUUAUGGAGAAAUUAAAAGAUUUUAAACUUCCAAACAAUAUUGGUCCACCUGUGGACCCUGACAAUCCCAGAAAAAGUGUUUGUAAAUCUGUUAGUGUUGGAAAUGAAGAAGAGAACUGAG